UCUCUCCGAACCACAAUGGGCGAAGCGCUGAUCCCGCCCUCACCCUCUUCCACGCAUGACUUGCCAGUUGAAGUUCGUGUUAUCACUGCCUACCGCAAGCUAUGCCAUACCGAGCUCCUCCUUUUCCUCGAGGCGCGCAACUUGUCCACCCUAGGGUCAGAUGAAGACUUGGCUUCGCGUUUAACUCACCACGAUCUCGUUACAUAUCACUUCCGGCGCAGUCCCAUCGCCACAAAUCCCAUCCCCAACCACCAGUCCUCCAAGCUCCGGCAUGUUGGGCCAGAUUUACCGGUGGAAAUACUAGCAGACAUUAUGGACCACGUUGGAGACUGGGAACUUGCUCGUGCCGUUGGUGUACCGACUUCAUUACCUCGUCCCUCUGCCUGGGCAGCAGCCUCCCCGACAGACGAAGCCAUGCUCACCGGCCAUCUCCCCUCAAUUCAUGCUGUCGUCCCAAUAAAACACCCAUCCACCCUUGGCACUGAUUUGGCCAUCCGUUUUGGCUACAUCAACGUCCUGGAGUACCUUCUUCUCGAAUCCGCUCGGCAGUCCGAUAGCUCGAUAUUCAAAACCCUGUUCAAGAACGACGUCAUUCCCGUAAAAGCGUCGCUCCACGGCCGGCUCGAGGUCCUUUCGUGGUGGAAAAACAACAUCGAGCAGCAUCCCGACCUUAUUGCGGCACCCAGUCCGGCCUCAAUCUCUCAGGCAUUGCACAACGCAUCAUGUCAUGGAAAAGUACAAGUCCUCGAUUGGUGGCUGAACAGCGGGCUCCAGCUCAUAUUUGACACCGAAACGCUAAUCGGCCCAACAAGACACAACAGGCCCGAGGUCCUCGAAUGGUGGAACAAAUCCCGUCUUUCGCUGCAAUACCGGCUUUGCGACAUCGAAGAAGGUGGUUCUUACUUCUCCUCAGUUCAACUUGCACUGAUUGUCCGACAAGCCCUCGAGGAUGCGAUAGGCGGAGGAGACGCUGCACGGAAGUGGUGGCGAGGAAAAGGCGUCAAUUUCAACGCCAGCAUCAACGACAAUGACUGGAUGAAGCUACAAAAUCUCAAUUGA